AUGAAUAAAUCUGGAUUUUCCGGACGUAGGUAUCCGAGUACGGGAUCAAAGCCAUCGCCUAACACAAAGUGUCAAAAAUGCUUAGAAACAGGACAUUGGACAUAUGAAUGUAAAAACAAACGAGCAUAUAGUGCUCGACCAACAAGAACACAACAGCUCACAAAACCUUUAAAACCGAUAUCAAUUGAACUUCCGGAUGAUUUUAAAACAAAAUCAUCAUCGUCUUCUGAAGAUUCAGGUAGCUCAUCUUCAGAUUCCCUUAGCGAUAGUGAUAGUGAUACUUCAGCAUCAUCAUCAAGUUUUAGCUCAGAUAGUGGUAGUGGUUCAAGUUCUUCAAGUGUAUCAUCUAGAUCAAGAAGAAGUUCAUCAUCGUCGUCUUUAUCUGAAUUGCGUGGUAGGAAAAGAAAACGUGCCCGUUGA